AGAAGAAGAAGAAGAAGAAGAAGAAGAAGAAGAAGAAGCACCAACACAGUUGGACUGGAAGCGGUCCUUCCGAUAUUUUAUAUUGCUAAUAAAUAAAUUGACAUCAGACCGCACAAGCACGAGGUUCAUCAUGCCUGUCACCUGUGCAGUAAACGGCUGCACCAACAAGUUUAUCAAAGGGUCAGAAAUACGAUUUUACAGGUUCCCCAUCAGUAAGCCUCAGCUUGCCAACCAAUGGGUACAAAGUUUGGGGAUGAAAAACUUCAUCCCUACACCUAACACUUGCCUCUGCUCAGAACAUUUUAACCCAGAUUGUUUCCGAGACUACAAUGGCAAACAGUUUCUUAGGGAAGAUGCCGUGCCCACCAUUUUCGGUGCUGAUUCAUCGAAGCCUGAAUUACGGAAAAGGGGUAUGAUGACCAAGGACACAAAUGCGGCUAACCGCUUCGGUGCACCGUCAGACCGGGAGAGGGCUAAGACGCUGGAGAAGAGCAAGGUCAAGGAGAAACGACAUAGUACCCGGGAUACUGGCAAGGGAAGAGGUGAUGGCAAAAAACGAGGUGGAGGACGAGGAGGAAUCUCCUCCAACACUGACCGACCGACUAUUGGUGCGAAGAGCAAAGUGUAUGACAACAAAGGCCGCCUGCUCUCCUGUGGCAAGGACAUGUGUGACUGCCUGGACGCGGACUGCAUGGGCUGCUUCUACCCCUGCCCUGAGUGUAGCUCCCGCAGGUGUGGCGUGGAGUGCCGCUGUGACCGCAAGUGGCUCUACGAGCAGGUUGAGGUGGAGGGGGGAGAGAUCAUCCGCAACAAGUACGCUGGCUAGUCUCCCCUACCCUUAUGCUUUGAACUAUGACUGUUGUUAUUUUUCUCAUUUUUGUUUCCUGUAGAAAGAGAAGGGACCGAAUAAGAAAUAGUCUGAAGUUGCCAAAAGAUACUUAAUCAAAUCAACUUAUCACAAGAUGUAUCAAGAGUAAAUGAAUAAGAAAUAAUACUCCCACAAUGGUUUCAACCAAGUGUUCAAGUGUUAUAAGCAUUUCAUAUGUAGUUUAGUUCCUGUGCCCGAGAGGAUCAAUUCAAGAAAGUGUGUACGCAUACACUUUGCCGGUACCUCGCUACGGUACCUCGCUAUGAUUUUUGCAAUUCACCACUUGUUCCGAUUAGUGAUUACAUAUGUUCUUUGUGCCCACAGCUGUCAAUUACAUUGGUCUUAAUUCAUAUUAAAAAAAUGUGAGUGUCCAGAUUCCAAAAGUUUAUAAUAAUUAUCGGUGAUGACUGGUGGCCUCUUCACUAUCAUGUGUGUGGUUUUGCAACAGUUUCCUAGAAAUUUCCACAAGGUGUUAAGCAGUCAAAACAAGUCCUGCUGCUUUACCACAGAUAAUCUCCAUUACAGGGUGUUCUGUGCAAUUUCACAAUUAUUUUCUGUGACCUAUUAGGUAUAUUUUUGGGUAGUGAUAAAUGACCCAUAGUCACAGUUGUGAAGUACAACUUAAGUAGUUUCUUUGGUUAUCUGUACUUUUUAUAUUUUUGACUACUUUUACUUCACUACAUUCCAAAAGAGAAUAAUGUACUUUUUACUCCAUACAUUUCCCUGACACCCAAAAGUACUUGUUACAUUUUUAAUGCUUAACAGGAUAGGAAAAUAGUCUAAUUCACACACACUUAUGAAGAGAACAUCCCUGGUCUAAUUCACACACUUAUCAAGAAGAACAUCCCUUCUGCCUCUGAUCUGGUGGACUCACUAAUGACAUGCUUCAUUGGUAAAUUAUAUCUUGUUGGACCCUGCCCCUGUAAAUAAAAAAGUGAGUGAGG